AAUCUCCAGAACCUUCCCAAAGCCCCUAUGUCUCUCUCUCAAAAAUUCAGAAACCCCUACUAAAACCCUAACACCCCACCCUUUCUCUCCCUCUCACACUCACGCUCACUCUUUCUCUGACUCUGUUCUGUUCUUUUUCUUCCCAAAACAAUGCACAGGCUCACUCGCCGCUCCGUCUCUGCUAUCCUGCGCACCGGUGGUGGCGCACGUUACCGUAACUCCGCGGCUCCGAUCUCCUGCUCCGUUCCCAUCUUCGACUCCGUGGGAGAGAGCGAGUCAAGAAGCCGAUGGUACUCAGUGUUACUUCCCAAGAGAAGUGAUACCGUCAAAUCUUUGAAUCAAGUACAGCAUCUGAAGUUUUUGGGCAAGAGAUAUGAGUCGACUUCUGCCGCAUCUGAUGCAUCGGCCACUCCACCAGCUGAGAGAUAUGAGUAUCAAGCAGAGGUCAGUCGCCUUAUGGACCUCAUAGUUAACAGCUUGUACAGCAACAAAGAGGUGUUUCUUCGGGAGCUUAUCAGCAAUGCAAGUGAUGCCUUGGACAAGCUGCGGUUUCUCAGUGUUACACAGCCUGAUCUUUUGAAGGGAGCUGCUGAUCUUGAUAUUCGUAUUCAAACUGAUAAGGAAAAUGGGAUUGUUACUAUCACUGAUACCGGCAUUGGUAUGACUCAACAAGAACUUGUUGACUGCCUUGGAACUAUUGCGCAAAGUGGAACUGCAAAGUUCUUGAAAGCAUUGAAGGAUAGCAAGGAUAUUGGCGGGGACAAUAAUUUAAUUGGUCAAUUUGGUGUGGGAUUUUAUUCAGCAUUUCUUGUUUGUGAUAGAGUUGUUGUCUCAACAAAGAGCCCAAAAUCUGAUAAACAAUAUGUGUGGGAAGGAGAGGCCAAUGCGAGCUCCUAUACCAUUCGGGAAGAAACAGACCCUGAGAAGCUUCUUCCUAGAGGAACCCGCCUUACACUACAUCUUAAGCGUGAUGACAAAGGUUUUGCACAUCCAGAACGGAUUCAGAAGCUUGUGAAAAACUACUCACAAUUUGUUUCAUUCCCAAUAUACACCUGGCAGGAAAAGGGAUUCACUAAAGAGGUUGAGGUUGAUGAGGAUCCAGCUGAAACCAAAAAGGAUGGACAAGAUGAGCAAUCUGAGAAGAAGAAAAAAACAAAGACUGUUGUUGAGAAGUACUGGGACUGGGAGCUCACUAAUGAGACCCAACCAAUAUGGCUUCGCAACCCAAAGGAAGUCACAACUGAGGAAUAUAAUGAAUUCUACAAGAAAACUUUUAAUGAAUAUUUGGAUCCAUUGGCAUCUUCACACUUUACAACAGAGGGUGAGGUAGAAUUUCGGUCUAUACUCUAUGUGCCAGCCGUUGCUCCCAUGGGAAAGGAUGACAUAGUCAAUCCCAAGACCAAAAAUAUAAGGCUUUACGUGAAACGGGUGUUCAUUUCAGAUGACUUUGAUGGAGAACUGUUCCCACGAUAUUUAAGCUUUGUCAAAGGUGUUGUGGACUCGAAUGACCUGCCACUCAAUGUCUCACGUGAAAUUCUUCAAGAGAGUCGAAUAGUACGAAUAAUGAGGAAGCGUUUGGUUCGGAAGGCCUUUGACAUGAUUCUGGGUAUAUCCAUGAGCGAGAACAAAGAUGAUUAUGACAGGUUUUGGGAAAACUUUGGCAAGCACUUGAAAUUGGGUUGCAUUGAAGAUCGUGAAAAUCACAAGCGUAUUGCUCCAUUGCUUCGAUUUCUCUCUUCCCAAAGUGUGGAUGAGUUGAUCAGCUUGGACGAGUAUGUUGAAAACAUGAAACCUGAACAGAAGGAUAUCUAUUAUAUGGCUGCUGACAGUGUGACAAGUGCUAGGAACACACCCUUCCUGGAGAGACUUCUUGAGAAGGAUCUUGAAGUGCUGUUCUUAGUUGACCCUAUUGAUGAGGUUGCCAUCCAGAACCUCAAAGCAUACAAGGAAAAGAAUUUUGUAGAUAUUAGCAAGGAAGAUUUGGAUUUAGGUGAUAAGAAUGAGGAAAAAGAUAAGGAGAUAAAGCAGGAGUUUGGCCAAACUUGUGAUUGGAUUAAAAAACACUUGGGUGAUAAGGUUGCUAGUGUUCAAAUUUCUAAUCGUCUGAGCUCUUCACCAUGCGUUCUGGUAUCUGGCAAGUUUGGUUGGUCUGCCAACAUGGAGAGGCUAAUGAAGGCACAAGCUGCUGGUGAUACCUCUAGCUUGGAUUUCAUGAGAGGGAGAAGGGUCUUUGAGAUCAAUCCUGAACACCCAAUCAUCAGAAACUUGAAUGCUGCAUGCAAGAGUAACCCAAAUGACGAAGAUGCUCAGAAAGCCAUUGAUCUUUUGUAUGAUGCAGCCUUGGUUUCUAGUGGUUAUACUCCUGAAAAUCCAGCACAGCUUGGCGGGAAGAUAUAUGAGAUGAUGGAUAUAGCUCUUUCUGGCAAAUGGUCAACCCCUAUCGAGGUUCAGCAUCCAGGAGCCAUCUCCAACAACACAGAAACAGUUGAAGCUGAGGUGGUUGAACCUGUUGAAGCCGGUAGCCAAAAAUGAAGAUCCAAAUAUUGUAAUAUUUUUAUUUUAUUUUCGUAUUUCACAUGUAUACGCCAUGCUGUUGGCACUGCCUUAAUUUUGAGGUCUUAGUUUAGAAAUGUUAGGGAGAAUUUUGGGUGUAAUGUAGAAUUGAUUGGAUUUGUUGAGAACAGUUUAGCAAUCAUCAAAGUUUUACUCUCUA